GCGCCCGCAGCCCCGGGGUGGGGGGGUGGGGAGAGACGCGCGGCCCGAGCAGCGCCGGGCCCCAAGUCUUGGGCGAGCGGGACGCCGGCUCCUCCCGGAAUCUCCCCCACAUCGCCCCCCUGCACUUUAAAUCUCCCCGACACCUUCAGAUAUCUCCCUGGCAUCUCCCGAUAUCGUCUUGAGAUCUGACGGCGGUGUCGCUGCGUACGUGACCCUGCAGCGACUCGAGACAUCUCCUCGUCUCUGCCGACAUUUGAAGGUUCCUCGGCGUGUCCCGACAACUCCUCCUCGCAUCUCCCCGCCUCUCCUGACAUCUCCGGAGGUCUUCCGACACUCAGACCACGGGGCUACGAGGGGGGCAAGACGGCCCUGGAGAGGGGACCGCGACUCGGGGAGUGGAGGGGGGCCUGGUCCGGCUCAGAGCCGUCAUCGCCUCUGCACCCCCGAGCCGUCCGCUCCCCUUCGGCCCUGCCUCGGGCGGCAUGGAGAGGACGCGACCCCGUCUAACGACGGCGAGGAGACCUGGGAUCGGGGCCCCAAGGGGGUACCGAGGCGCCAUGGAGGCCCUGUCCGUGUUCGGCGGGCCGCAGGGACCCGGGGUGACCUCGGCUCCUCCACGGGGAGAGACGCGGCGUGCUGCUCAUUGGACCUCGAGUGACGGCGGCGUGGCAUCGAGCAACCAAUCGCCCGUCGAGCCAUCUCAUCCCGAGGGCUGCUCCUGGGCCCAAAAGGCUGACCUUGUGGACAGGGGACUGGCCCACGAUCAUAAGAGGAGGUUUCCUCAUUGUGAAGAGGAGGGCCCAUCGCGUGAUGAAGAGACGAGGUAUCGCCAUGAUGAGGAACUUUCUCACGAUGAGGAGAGGACGCGAGCCCUUCAUGAUGAGGAGACGGUUGACGCAGAUGACAAGAGGCACCCCUUUGAUGAGGUGGAGAGGCUCCCUCAUGGUGACGAGGUGAGAAGGCAACCCCAGAGUGUGGACAGACGCCUCCGCGACCAAGGGGAGCAGCGUCCUCGUGCCGAGGAGUGGAGGGGGCUUCUUCGUGCUGAGGAAGUUUCCCAUGACAAGAAGAUGAUUCGUGAUGACGUUCUCUCCAGCGACGGUGACCUGGCUCUCUCCGCUCUUCUGGGGGCCGACCUCAGCACUCCACGUCCCGCGCGGGAACUCCUCGUCCCCCCGCUCCCUGCAGCGGUGGCAGAGAAAAGUAAAACCUGCGUGGGCACGGUGCCCAGUGGGCCCCCACAGCCGGCGGUGAGCCCCGUGCCCCACGCGGCGCACGGCUGCAUGCGCAGUCCCAACGUCCGCGUGUCCGAGCGGUGCAGCGACAUCUCGCAUGACCUCGUGCGCUGCCCCCCCGUCUACAACGACCUGGCCGGCGAGGUGGACCUGGCCAGCGUGCAAGAGAUGGACGAGGCGGGGCUGCUGGCAGAGCCAACGGGCGACGGAGCGUACCAGAUGCUCGACCUGGGCCAAGUGUUCUGUGACCUGGCCGCCCUGGCGGAGCCGUGGCGGCCGCAGCUCUACACUGACUCGAUGCUGCAGGGAGCGGCUCCGCGUUCCGUCCUGGAUGACCUCCGACUGCCACGCACAGGCCUGUGCCUCCAGCUACACCUGCCGCUCAGAGGCACCCCCUUGUUGGGGGAGACAGGAGAAGCGGUAGCAGCAGCUGCUGCAGCUGCUGCUGCUGCUCCCUCGGGGGUUGGUAGAGCAGACUCGCCUCCGCCCCAGCUCCGGGUGCAGUCCUACGUCAGCGUCGACGAGUACCUGCGGCGUCUGUCCGCGGAGGAGCCCGACCCUCUUGAAGUUUUACUGGCGGGGGAGGCCGGGGAGGACGGCCUACGAUCUGCUCGCCGCUCGGCCCGUGCCCAGAGCCCCACGGACGUCCAGGUGCAGCCGGAGCCGACCGACGGCGAGCUGCAGGAGAGGCUGCAGAGGCUGUGGGAGGCUCUGGGCAUGUCCGAGUGGGAGCGCAUGGCAAUGACGAUCAAGUACACGUCCGCGGAGAGCGUGGGACACCUGCACCAGUCCCUAGGGCUCUGGGAGGAGGCAGCCACUCUGGUCACGCGCAGGGAGGAGCUGCUGAGGAGCCUCGCCCGGUUCGAGCGAUCAGCCUCGUGCCCGGAUCGGCUGCUCCAUAAAGCUGGCGCACCGUCACAGAGGCUCACGGAAGACAAACGGCGCGCAGCGUUCUAUAGAGAGGCGGCAGGGCUGGAGGGGAAGCUGCGCCACCUGCUGGGAAACAUCGAGCGCAAAUUCGGCGACCAAGUCCAAUACAAGGGGUGGCCGUACGUGGAGAGGAUGCGGCGCGACCGUGUGGAGAUGCUCUACGCCAUACAGCAAGAGCGACGUGCGGGCGGGACGCGCGCAUCGCCUCGACACACCCGGCCUCAACGUGCUCCGCCGGAACACAAGCGGGCGCAACAACACGCGCUCGCGCCGCCUCCGCACGUCCACCAAGAGCGUGCGGAAGCGGAGACGUGCGGCUCGCUUGGCCUCUCACAGGACACCCCACCACAACACGCGGACGUCCAGCCACAACACGCUGCCACGUGACAGCAACACGGGUCAUUUCAAGCAAACCAUCGUGCCACAGCAAAUGCUGCCCUGGUCACAACGCAAACAGGCAUUGCCAUAACGAGGGCAGCCGCAGCACAGGCACAGACGAAACAGCAACACGCGCGCACUGCACGGCAACACGGCACACAGCUACAGGACACAAAAAUAGGAUAAAACGAGUGUACCCAGGAAAUACGCACCACAUGAACACACGUUUGCGUGUUAACACCCGUGCAUGUGACAGCAUGUGUUCACACAUUCACAACUUUGCACAGGGCAUGCUAUUAAAAUGUGUUCACCACUGUUUUAAUGUACAGAUCAACUCCAAUAAAUGUACAAAUUCCCACAAUGAAUUCAUGCUGCAGUUUUAAAUUAAUCGACGACCAACACAAAUAAGUUGCCGUGGACAACACGAUUGUUAAUAAAUACCAGAGCAGUCCAGUCCAUUAUGAUCCACCACCUUUUCACGUCGACCAAUGAACAGAUGUACACAAACUGCGUAUUACAACACUUUGCUCGUCAAUUUACACCUGCACUACAUACAUUUGAUGGAGUAUAAUUAGCGAGCGCAGAGAUCUGGGAAUCAGAUAUGAAUCCUGGGCAGAGCGAGAUAGGGACAUGCAAUCGGUGCCUGUCUCAAGGCUCUCUCUGCACUACAGCCCCUGUGCCCGCAAGAAAUUGCUUAUCCAAUGAAUGAGAGUGCUGCAGGCACCUACACUGACGCAUACAAAUUAGAAUCAUUGGCCAAAUUGGAAAUCUGGGAAUGUGGCGAGCAAUGAGGUACGGAGCUGCAAACCAAGCGACCCUCGAGGGUGGGAUAAGCUGCUCGGUGGGCAAGCGGUGCCGGGUGGAGGUGCCAGUGACCCCUGCGGCGGAGGGUGCAGGGAGGCGGCCACAGCCACGGCAGCCUCUCGGCUUGAGGCCGAUCACCAAGGCCUCACGAUGUCCUCCUGCUGAGAGUUACCAAAGUGCUGGGACGCUCAUCAGGCAAGUUUGUCCUCCUCUCUGUAAAUUACUUGGGCGGUAGGUGUUCGG